AUGACGUACGACGACGGUAAGAUCACUAACGAUGGAAAGUACCAGAUCCCGGACGAGGUUAACUUUGAACUUCGGGACGCCGCCUUUACCUCGUCUUCAGCGACCACCUUUCAUGGUACUUCCAGUUAUGCCAAGAAGCUUUCAGCUCAGGUGUCUGUUGGUGGUGGAUAUAGCGGCUUGUUUGCUAGUGUUGAAUUCGCCGCAAGCGCCCGUUAUCAAAAAAUCGAGUCGCGAACGAGCAGCGAAGGUUAUAUCUACUACGCGAAUGAAACCGUAUCAAACUAUGGCAACGCGCGUUACUUGACGGAGCUUGCAGGUCCUGACAAUUACACCCUCAACAACGGAUUUGUUUCUACCGCAUGCCGUCUACCAACGGCUUACGCUGAGGAUGACUACAUGACUUUCCUCGAGACCUGGGGAACUCAUGUCGUCACCGAGGUGGAUCUAGGAACCAGGGAGGGUUCGAACUAUGAGGAGCAUAGGGCGGACUUCGUCUCGUACGCUUCAACAAAUGUCGGUGGUAGUGUCAGCGCUGGAGGGUCAUAUAUGGGCUUCAGCGCCUCGCUUUCGGUUGAAAUGGAUUCCUUCAACAGCGGAAUGCAGAGUGGCUCCAGUUUCGGUAGCAUGUACUCCUCCUAUAGGGUUGGAAGCCUUAGUCUGAAUGGUGUGAAAUAG